UACCGGUGAGAUUGCCGAGCGCAUCCAUGCUCCUUGUUGGGCUCACGUGACCAAAUGGCAGGCAGUUGUACAGAGAAGGGCACGAGCUCAGUGAAAGUUUGGUUGUGUCCUCGAGCUCAGUCUUGUGCUGUUUAGUGGUUUUUGGCGUGAUUUGUUUUAUCUAAGUCGCUUUUUUAGAGUCGGCUUGCAAAAAUGGCCGCCAGGACAGCUGCAGCUGCGAGACGGUCGACAUGGAGGAGCUUCUGUCCUUCCAGUCUCCGCUUAUCUGCAGGUAGCAGUCGGCUCUGCAGCUCCAAACAGGCAACCCAGAAGGACAAGCCAAGAUCUACAUAUAGACCAGAACCCAGCUCCACACAUGACUGGGUCGGUCCACCAAACUCGCUCUCCAACAUACGGCCAAUUAUUUACCACAUCCCGGAGAAUGAAACAGAGCUGGAGAAACGGCUGAGAAACCUGAGGCAGGACACAGAGGACUGGAACCACAAUUUCUGGGCCAAGCAGAACAUCACCUUCAGCAAGGAAAAAGAAGCUUUUAUCAUUUCACAGCUGAAGGCAAAAGGCUUGACUCUGCGCGAUCAGGAUGGACGACGGCGGUCCCUGAACAGCGAAGAGAUGGCCACGUUUUACAAAAGCUUCCUGGACAAAAACAGAGUACGACAUGCAAAUUACAACAAGGAAUGGUACAGACGUAACUUUACCAUCACCUUGCUCUUGGCUCGAGUCACCCUAAACAGUAUGUGGAGGACAGUUACGGAAAGACAGAGCAGCAAGAAAAACGGCACUCCUACCAGCUGAUAGCAAAGAAAAUACACACACCCCCACCCUCCUGUCAAAAUAUCAAAUGCCUUGGCUAUAUUUUUGUCACUUCUGUUACUGCUUCAUGUUUAUUCAGACUCUGCAAAUGACUGUAAAUUAUUCUGGAAAAAAUAAAGCAAAGCAAAACAUGUGA